AUGGCAGUCAAAUGGACUGGUGGACAUUCAUCCUCUAUAUUGUGCUUGAACGUAAACACGGAAGGGCUGGUGGCUUCAGGCGCGGAGAGAGGCGAGCUCACGCUCUGGGAUGGCGGAGGCGCUCCGGCAGGACAGCUCCAGCUCCCGAAGGCAGACGACGUGACCUCCGUGGUGUUCUCUCCCUGCCGUCCCACCAGGCUGUACACCUCCCACGGAGAAACUAUCAGUUUACUGGAUGUCCGAUCCCUCAAGGAGCCCGUUGAACGCUUCCACGUGAACGAGGAGGAGAUCAACUGCCUCUCAGUGAAUGAGACUGACAGUUUCCUGGCUGCGGCAGAUGACUCGGGGGCAAUAAAGGUUAUGGACUUGGAAAACAAGAAAGUCAGCCGGUCCUUGAGACACUCAAACAUCUGCUCCUCUGUCGUCUUUCGACCUCAGAGGCCUCAAAGCCUUGUUUCCUGUGGACUGGACAUGCAGGUUAUGCUGUGGAACCUGCAGAAAGCUCGCCCCUUGUGGACCACAAACCUGCAGGAGUGUGAAACGGAGGAGGAAGACAGUCCACAGCCAGCUGGCCAGUUCUUUAACCCGCCGCUUGCACAUUCCCUGUCUGUCGCAUCGUGCGGCAACAUCUUUGGCUGCGGAGCUCAAGACGGUAAAGUCAGAAUAUUCAGAGUCACCGGUGUCAAGUUUGAACGUGAGCUGGAGUUUCCAGGUCACAGCUUGGGAGUAUCGCAGGUCCUCUUUAUGCCAGAAGCGUACUGGUUGUUGACUGGAGGAAAUGACGGGAAAGUCUUGCUCUGGGAUGUCAGCAGUGACGUUGGAAAGCGGCAGAAAAGUCCAGCAAAAUCUCUGCAGAGAAGGAAGGCCCAAGCACCUGCUUCCACCAGCAAAGAUGGAAAGCUCAACAAAGUGGCUUCAAAUGAACACGCUAGAGUUUUACCAAAGCUAACCAUCGAGCACGGAGAGAAGGUGAACUGGAUCUCGUGCGCAGAGAUCAAAGGCUCCAAGAGAGUAUUAGUUGCUGAUCAGAGUAGUUCUGUAUCUGUGUAUCCACUGCCAGAACCUUAGACGCUGAGAUGUUUAAAGAAAUUUGUGGGGCGAAACCACUUCUCGGAGCGUUUGAAAUGAGUCCAGUUACAUCCGCUGACAGUGAACUGAGCGGUGAAACCUGCCGCGUCCUUCGGAAGGGGAAGGGAUUUGCUGUGUACUCACACAAGUACUCGUGAUGUAACUGGCCUCCCAUGAUGUUUUUCAGCGGCUGUUGGUAUUCACUGCAGCUGUUGCUUGCAGGGUUGGCAGUUUGCUUCUUGAAUUUAAGUGAAACGGGUUUCAAUAUAUUUAGGGGUAAUAUUAGUUCAUGGCUAAGCUGACAUAAGGUUGGAGGAAGAAAUUCAUACUAACGGGGACACCCACAAUGCUAAAUGAGGAUGCUGAGCAGUAACGGGGAUGUCAUUGGCUGAGCUCCUUGCAUUUUGAACUAUCGCAGUGCUUUACGUUACUCUCCCCAUUAAACUGUGUCACAGUUAGCUUAAAUUGGCCGUAGUGGAAAUAUAUUUUUCAUUAGUUUGUCAGCAGCUGCAUAUAAGACUAGAGAAGCAUCAACUAAUGAGUAAUCAAAUUAGUUUAACUGUCAUUGCCAAUUGGAUUCUUUCACAGGGCAGUCAACGAAAGAGCAGGGGAAAAUGUUAACAUCUGUUUAAUGGGUCAGCUAUCUUAUGCAUUUAGUUGUUCAUCCCAGGGAAAAAGAACUAUUACACUUGUCUUA